UUUCUUUUUACCCAGCGAUUCCCCUUUCUUUUCAAAUCAAACUUUUUUGUUAAAAAAAAAAGAAAAUAUUAAUUAUGGCCGAAGAAUAUCGUAUCGAAAGUGACACGUUUGGUGAUCUCAAGGUACCUGCUGGUGUGUAUUGGGGAGCACAGACACAAAGAUCCCUUGAGAACUUCAAGAUUGGUGGAACCAGUGAGCGUAUGCCUCCAGCUUUAAUCAAGGCUUUCGGUAUUCUCAAGAAAGCUGCUGCCAAGGUUAACUUGGAAUUCGGUUUAGACGCUAAAAUUUCGGAAGCCAUUCAACAAGCUGCCGAUGAGGUUGUGGCUGGAUUGCAUCACGAUCAAUUCCCUUUGGUUAUUUGGCAAACUGGUUCUGGAACUCAAACACAUAUGAAUGUCAAUGAGGUUCUUUCAAACAGAGCCAUUGAGCUUUUGGGCGGUAAGCUCGGUAGCAAAACGCCUGUUCAUCCCAAUGACCAUGUUAAUAUGAGCCAAUCUUCCAAUGAUACUUUCCCCACGGCCAUGCAUAUUGCUGCUGUGGUUGAAAUCAAUGAAGAUCUUAUUCCCGCAUUAACCGAGCUUCGAGAUGCUAUGCAAGCCAAAUCCACCGAAUUCGACGAUAUCAUCAAGAUUGGACGUACCCAUCUUCAAGAUGCUACUCCUUUGACUUUGGGUCAAGAGUUCUCUGGCUAUGUUCAACAAUUAACUUAUGCCAUUGAACGUAUCCAAACAACCUUGCCUCGCUUAUCCCGUUUAGCUCAAGGAGGUACCGCUGUAGGUACUGGAUUAAACACUCAAAAGGGCUUUGAUGUAAAGAUUGCCACAGCUGUAACAGAAUCCACUGGUUACACUUUUGAGACCGCACCUAAUAAGUUUGAAGCACUUGCAAGCAAUGAUGCUAUGGUCGAAUGUUCGGGUGCUCUUAACACAAUUGCCACUUCGUUAAUGAAGAUUGGUAAUGAUAUUCGUUACCUUGGAUCGGGUCCUCGUUGUGGACUCGGUGAACUUAGUUUACCUGAGAACGAACCCGGAUCCUCUAUUAUGCCUGGUAAAGUCAAUCCCACUCAAUGUGAGGCAUUGACCAUGGUAUGUGCCCAAGUUAUGGGUAAUCAUACUACCGUCACAAUCUCUGGCAGUUUUGGUCAAUUCGAGUUGAAUGUCUUUAAGCCAGUCAUUAUCAAGAAUGUGCUUCAAUCCAUCCAAUUAUUGAGUGAUGUAUGUCGAUCAUUCAAGGACAACUGUGUCGUUGGUAUUGUUGCUAACCGUGAGCAUAUCAAAAACAUCAUGAACAGAUCUCUCAUGUUGGUCACAUCUUUGAACCCUGUUAUUGGCUACGAUAAGGCAGCCAAGUGUGCUAAAAAAGCUCACAAGGAAGGUACCACAUUGAAGGAAGCUGUUCUGUCCUUAGAAUAUUUGUCCUCUGAGGAUUAUGAUCAUUGGGUCAAGCCUGAGCUCAUGAUUAACCCUCAAUAAAAUCUUUAUUAUAUAUGUUUA